CUACUGAACUAAAAAAGCUUAAUGGGUUAAGUAAAAAAAUCUGUGUAACGUGGACAUUUUUAUCCUAUCAGCUGAUUAAUGUCAGAAUAAUCGAUUGCUAAAAUAAUCGUUAGUUGCAGCCCCUACUUAAUUUAUCUCUCUCCACUUCUAAAUGUAUACAUAUGAAUUAAAUGUGUAAGAUAAUAAACAUAAAUGUAUUUUGUUAUUAAGGAAAACAUUCAUAAAUUCACGUUUGUUCAGAAGAGUAACAGCUUUUCCUCCAGCUGCGUUUCCAGGAAUCUGACCCACACCUGGAGCAUUGAGUGGGACGAUGACUCAUCGUCCACCUGCUGCUGAUGACUCCAAAUAUUUCACGCACGCACCCACGCUCUCCAGCACGCUGCGGCGAGCGCUCCUUCACGUGCACCCUCUCAAACAGGCAUCAAAGCCAUUUACGUGAAGCCAGACAGGAAGGAGAGAGCGGCUCCUCUGUCCUGCAGAAACACAUGAGAGGGAAAAGAAGAAGAAGAAGAGCUGAUCUCUAUGGCAGACCUCGGCUCGGAUGGUUGUGCCAUCGCCCAUCCGGCGGUCCACUGUGAGCGAAAAUAAUUCAACCAGAGGACGAGAGAUGACGAGCCACCGCCGAGCAUCGCUGCUCGCCCUGUCGGCGCUGCUGCUCUUCGCGUUAACACACCAAACAUCCUCAUCCUCAGCAGCAGCAUCCGAGGGGAGACGUAGGAAUAACAACCGGAGUCAUGACAGCAGGCCAUCAUUUCUGAUUAAAGACAGCAGCAGUAAUGUCUCUGUCGGCGCGCUGAGACCGAAACCAGAUGAGGAGGCGUCACCGAUCUGUGCCUACAGGGUGAUAGAGGGGGGCAUUUGGGGGCAGCUUUGUUUUCGACGCACGCUGUUCGGGUACAGGUGCAACAAGGAGGACUGCAGGACGCAGGUGACUUUGGGGAACCUGGUGGCGAACCUGCUCACCAAUGGCAGCGUGCUGUUACAGUGGAGCCACGAUGGAGACAAUGAGACCAGACAGAGCCCUCCCGAGCAGCCCGCUGGUUCUGGGUCACAUUUAACUUCUCCGCCGCGGUCGGUGUUCGGCGGUGAGCGGCGCCACCAGCGCGGCGGGUUCGAGCUGAGCUGCUGGUGGAACGGCAGCUACACCCAGUUCGAGUGCGCCGGCGUGCAGCUGGCGGCGGGCUGCAGGGACUUCAUGAUGUCCGAGCUGCAUGAGAACAUCCCGUACAGAAUCUGCCUGCGGGCCCCGGCCCGGUCCGGCCCGCGUCGGAGAGCGGAGCAGCGGGACUGCGUGGAGUUCACGCUGCCGCCGUCAGGGAUGCAGGACAUUGUGAUCGCCAUGACGGCGGUAGGGGGCGCUAUCUGUGUGAUGCUGGUGAUCAUUUGUCUGCUGGUGGCCUACAUUACAGAAAACAUCAUGAGCCCCACCACACAGCACACCUACUCCUACCGCACUCACUCACGCCACUGACGGACUAAAGAAGAUGAAUAUCUGCAUAAACACGUCCCACAGUCAUCGUUACAAGGUAGUUAUUGUUCAGCGAACAGCACAGGUGCUUCUUAAUAAAUUAGAAAGGCAAUUUAAUUAGGAAAAAAGUGAAACUAAUGUUGGUGAUAAUGGCAUACAGCUAAGAAAACCCAAAUGAUAUCCUGGAAAACAGGGAUAAGCCACAAAAAGUAAUUCCUAAAAAAGCAUGCUGUUCACAGAAUACUAUCCAAGAAUAUUAAUGGAAAGUUUCAUGGGGGAAGACAAUCGACAACAACUUCAGCCUUGAAAAGAUGGUGAAGUUCACCAAGAGUUGGGUUAGAUUCAUAAGAGCCACCACACACAGACAAAUCCAACAUUUAAACAGAGACAUCAGACUAGACUGUUUCUUAGUUGUUCCUUCUUACUUUUUAAAAUAAUACCUGGAGGAAGAGCAGGAAAACUCCAAAUUAAAGCUGUUUUGAAUCCAGUGUGAAGUUUCCACAGCAUAGCCAUGCCAGGAAAUGUCAGAGUACUUUAUGCUUCCUUAUGCUAACAAGUUUCAUGCUAAUGUCGAUUUCACUUUCAGAACUUUUCACCUUCCCACUCUGCCAAAAACUGGUUAAAUUAUAAUGGUCUUACUGGUCAGCAAAAGCACCUGACUGACAAUCUAUGCGUGGAGUAAUGUCAGUAGGACGAUGGGAGACAAUAAUUUUAAAAUCGCCUUAUUUUGGCUUUAUGUACAAUCAAAGUUUUCUCAUUGAAAUUUGAGUUUUUGUUUGCUGUAAGUCAACAUCGUCAAAGUAAACAAAACUAACCACUUAUGACACAACAGUCUAUGAGUAAUAAAUCUGUAAAUUACUUUGAUUUACUAAAAUAUCUAAAUAUCAACAAGAAUCUAAUGUAUUAAGAUGCACCUCAUCAUUUUACGACCAAAUUGAAGCACAAUUUGCUGUGGCUCUGCAAAUAACACGCCUUUUAAGCCUCUGCCAGGGUGCACUGAACCAAAAUUACUGAUAAACUGUGUUUAGUACACUAGUUCACUGCGUCAUUUUGUUGCUCCAGAUUGUCUCUGGUGUGCCAUCAGGCCACGUUUCUACAGCAAUACAAACAGCCUCAAUAAAUGGCUUAGGGCAUAAAUCUGAGAGUGUGUCUAUGUUGGGAAAGAAAGAAAUAUAACCUAUCUAAGUUUGAUUUAUUCAGUCAUCUCUGGUUUUUGCUUGUAGGUUUGCAUACAGUGUUUGUACAAUCUGUGAAGGGCAAUAGAAAACAGCGUGCAAUCUCUGAAUACUGUGCCAAACGUCUUUUAGCUAGAAUCCCUUUUUUGUCCCGCUGACUGCAAAUAAAAAACUAUGGGGUACUUUUUAAUACCA